AAUAGACCGUAUAUCCAACAAAUAAAUUUUUAAUCCAGCUAAGAAAAUUAAAUUUAAGUGGAACAAGUUCAAAACAAUUGCAUACAAGAGUGCAUUUAACGUGCUGCACAACAUUCCGGGCCAGCGCAUAUUCGAGCUUAAUCAAAAUACGGCCCAUUCGCAGCGAUAACAACAAUAACACUUGACUGUGACUUGGUGUCUGGUAUAACCACAAAAAAAUUUUCUUUGCAUUUUCAAAGAGCGAAAAAAAUUGCAGAAAAACCGAAAGAAAAGUGUAUAAAAAUUGUUAAGCAGUGGCACGGUGGAAUGUCAUUGUCAUAAACGCGGUCUUAUUUACUUUGAAUGUACAUUUUUAAGUGCAUAUGUAUGCUCAUAGUACAACGAAUUUCUACACUAAGCAACAAAGUUAAGGAACACUGAGGCGCAGAGUCUAAGUCUGUAUGCAGUGGCUAAAAGCUUUUAGUGUGUGCAAACUUCGUAACUGAAAAAGUGCAAAAGUGUGUGUGUGUGCGUGUGUGGGUGUGCUCUAGGCUAGAAAACUAGUAAAAUGUCUGCGGAGCGCGAAAUUCCCGCUGAGGAUAGCAUCAAAGUGGUCUGCCGCUUUAGGCCGCUGAACGAUAGCGAGGAGCGUGCCGGCUCCAAAUUUGUGGUCAAGUUUCCCAACAAUGCGGAGGAGAAUUGCAUAUCCAUAGCGGGCAAGGUCUACCUGUUCGACAAAGUCUUCAAGCCGAAUGCAUCGCAGGAGAAGGUGUACAAUGAGGCGGCCAAGUCGAUAGUAACGGAUGUACUUGCCGGGUACAAUGGCACAAUCUUUGCUUAUGGCCAGACAUCCUCUGGCAAGACGCACACAAUGGAGGGUGUGAUUGGGGAUUCGGCGAAGCAGGGUAUUAUCCCGCGCAUCGUCAACGAUAUCUUCAAUCACAUCUAUGGCAUGGAGGAGAAUCUGGAGUUUCACAUUAAGGUCUCGUACUAUGAGAUCUAUAUGGACAAGAUCCGGGAUUUGCUCGAUGUUUCCAAGAUUAAUCUAAGCGUGCAUGAGGAUAAAAACCGUGUGCCUUAUGUCAAGGGCGCGACGGAACGAUUUGUCUCCUCGCCCGAGGAUGUGUUUGAGGUCAUUGAGGAGGGCAAAUCUAAUCGCCACAUUGCGGUGACAAACAUGAACGAGCAUUCAUCCCGUUCGCAUUCCGUGUUCCUCAUCAAUGUGAAGCAGGAAAAUCUUGAGAAUCAAAAGAAGCUCUCCGGCAAGCUAUAUCUGGUGGAUUUAGCCGGUUCGGAGAAGGUAUCCAAGACAGGCGCGGAAGGCACCGUGCUGGACGAGGCCAAGAACAUUAACAAGUCGUUGUCGGCUUUGGGCAAUGUUAUCUCAGCGCUGGCCGAUGGCAACAAGACGCACAUACCCUAUCGUGACUCCAAGCUAACGCGUAUCCUGCAGGAAUCUCUUGGAGGCAACGCACGCACAACAAUUGUUAUUUGCUGCUCGCCGGCUAGCUUCAAUGAGUCGGAGACCAAGUCCACGCUCGACUUUGGACGACGCGCCAAGACGGUCAAGAAUGUGGUCUGCGUCAACGAGGAGCUGACGGCGGAGGAGUGGAAGCGGCGCUACGAAAAGGAGAAGGAGAAGAACGCACGACUCAAGGGCAAGGUGGAGAAGCUAGAAAUAGAGCUGGCACGCUGGCGAGCAGGCGAAACCGUCAAGACGGAGGAGCAAAUCAAUAUGGACGAUCUCAUGGAGGCUAGCACGCCGAAUCUUGAGCUGGAGGCUGCAAAUGCAGCCGCUGGUGCUGCUGCCGCCGCCGCUGCCCAACGCACAGCUCUGGCCAACAUGUCUGCCAGCGUUGCGGCGGAUGAGCGUGCGCGUUUGGCCACAGAGUGCGAGCGUCUGUACCAGCAGCUGGAUGACAAGGAUGAGGAGAUCAACCAGCAGAGCCAGUACGCGGAGCAGCUGAAGGAGCAAGUCAUGGAGCAGGAGGAGCUGAUUGCAAAUGCGCGACGGGAAUACGAAGCGCUGCAGUCGGAGAUGGCGCGCAUCCAACAGGAGAACGAGUCCGCCAAGGAGGAAGUUAAGGAGGUGCUGCAGGCGCUGGAGGAGUUGGCAGUUAACUAUGAUCAAAAGUCGCAGGAGAUUGAUAACAAGAACAAGGAUAUCGAUGCAUUGAACGAGGAACUGCAGCAAAACAAGACGCAGUACAAUACCGCGUCCACGGAACUGCAGCAGCUGAAGGACAUGUCAACGCAUCAGAAGAAGCGCAUUACCGAGAUGUUGACGAAUCUGUUGCGCGAUCUGGGCGAGGUGGGCCAGGCCAUUGCGCCCAACGAUACGGCAAUCGAUCUCAAGAUGAGCGCGUUGGCAGGCACAGAUGCCGCCAAGGUGGAGGAGGACUUCACUAUGGCGCGUUUGUAUAUCAGCAAAAUGAAAACGGAGGCAAAGAACAUUGCACAGCGCUGCGCCAACAUGGAAACACUGCAGCUGGAUUCCAACAAGAAGAUUAGCGAGUAUGAGAAAGAUCUGGGCGAGUAUCGUCUGCUCAUCUCGCAGCAUGAGGCGCGCAUGAAGUCGCUGCAGGAGUCCAUGCGUGAGGCAGAGAACAAGAAACGCUCGUUGGAGGAGCAAAUCGAUUCGCUGCGCGAGGAGUGCGCCAAGCUCAAGGCUGCCGAGCAUGUGUCCGCCGUGAAUGCGGAGGAGAAACAACGCGCCGAGGAGUUGCGCUCCAUGUUUGAUUCGCAGAUGGAUGAACUACGCGAGGCUCACACCAAGCAGGUGUCGGAGCUGCGCGAUGAAAUCGUCGCCAAGCAGCAUGAGAUGAACGAGAUGAAGGAUGUGCAUCAGAAGCUGCUCUUGACUCAUCAACAGAUGAGCGUGGAUUAUGAGAAGCUCAAGCAGGAGGAGGCCGACAAGUCGAACAAACUGCAGGACAUUAUCUUAACCAACGAGCGGCGCGAACAGGCACGCAAGGACCUCAAGGGACUGGAAGAUACUGUGGCAAAGGAGCUGCAAACGCUGCAUAAUCUGCGCAAACUCUUUGUGCAGGAUCUACAGCAACGCAUUCGCAAGAAUGUGGUAAACGAAGAGAGCGAGGAGGAUGGCGGCUCGCUGGCGCAGAAGCAAAAGAUUAGUUUUCUGGAGAACAAUCUGGAUCAGCUGACCAAGGUGCACAAGCAGUUGGUGCGCGACAAUGCUGAUCUGCGCUGCGAACUGCCCAAGCUGGAGAAGCGUCUGCGGACCACCAUGGAGCGUGUCAAGGCACUUGAGACGGCUCUCAAGGAGGCAAAGGAGGGCGCCAUGCGGGAUCGCAAGCGCUAUCAGUAUGAGGUGGAUCGCAUCAAGGAGGCCGUGCGACAGAAGCAUUUGGGCCGACGUGGACCUCAAGCACAAAUUGCCAAGCCUAUACGCGCUGGUCAGGGUGCAAUCGCUAUACGUGGCGGCGGUGGUGCUGGUGCAGCAGGUGCUGCUGGCUUGACGCCGGUCAGCUCCUAGAUGAUGCCCACACUAACCAAGUCCAGUGCAACGUUUUAGUUCAGCUCCGCUUUAAUCUAUUUAAACUAAACGUAAUGGAAAUGCCUUCGCUUCGUUCAUGUGCAGCGCUUUAAAUAUACAUUAUAAAUAUAUAUAUUA